AUGCCACGCACGAUCACGGCCGGCCUCAAUGCGGUCGUAGCGCUGAUCGCCGCUGGCCUCACGGCCAUGGCCCCUCCUGUCGUGCAUGCCGCCCCGCCUGGCACCAAGGACGUCACGGCUGUCCUGUUCGAGUGGAACUUCGACUCCGUCGCCAGGGAGUGCACCCAGACCCUCGGCCCAGCCGGCUACGGAUAUGUCCAGGUCUCUCCGCCCGCCGAGCACAUUCAGGGCUCGCAGUGGUGGACCUCGUACCAGCCCGUGUCCUACCAGAUUGCCGGCCGUCUCGGCAACCGGGCGUCGUUUGUCAACAUGGUCAACACGUGCCACGGAGCCGGUGUCAAGGUCAUUGCCGACGCCGUCAUCAACCACAUGUCGUCCGGCAGUGGCACCGGCACCGGCGGCUCGUCGUACACCAAGUAUAACUACCCGGGUCUCUACUCCUCCUACGACUUCGACGACUGCACUUCCGACAUCAACAAUUACGGUGACAGGUGGAACGUCCAGCACUGCGAGCUUGUCGGCCUGGCCGACCUGGACACGCCGGAGGAGUACCCCCGCAAGGCCAUCUCCGGCUACUUAAACGACCUGCUUAGUCUCGGCGUCGACGGCUUCCGCAUCGAUGCCGCCAAGCACAUGGCAACUGAAGACCUUGCUAAUAUCAAGUCCCGCCUGACCAACCCGUCUACAUACUGGAAACAGGAGGUCAUCUACGGCUCGGGGGAAGCCGUCCAGCCCACGGAAUACACCGGUAACGGCGACGUCCAGGAGUUCCGCUACGCCUACGACCUCAAGCGCGUCCUCAACAGCGAGAAACUUGCCUAUCUCAAGAACUACGGGGAGGGCUGGGGGUACCUGGGCAACUCCGUCGCCGCCGUUUUCGUCGACAACCACGACACCGAGCGCAACGGUGCCACUCUCAACUAUAAAGAUAACGCAAAGUACACCCUGGCCAACGUCUUCAUGCUCGCGUAUCCCUAUGGAGCCACUGACAUUCACUCCGGCUACGAGUUCUCCGACACGGACGCCGGCCCGCCGAACAACGGCGCCGUCAGCGCCUGCUGGCAGGACGGCUGGAAGUGCCAGCACGCGUGGCCGGAGAUCCUGCGAAUGGUCGCCUUCCGCAACGCCGUCCGCGGCCAGGGGUUGACGGACUGGUGGGACAACGGCAACAAUGCCAUCGGCUUCGGAAGGGGCGACAAGGGGUACGUGGCCAUCAACCACGAGUCGGGCUCGGUGACCCGGACGUACCAGACUUCGCUGCCCGCGGGCACGUACUGCAACGUGCAGAGCAACACGUACGUGACGGUGGACUCAAGCGGCCAGUUCACGGCCACCCUGGGCUCCGAUAUCGCGUUGGCCAUCUACGCUGGGAAGACAUCCUGCUGA